AUGGAGGCACCGCGCGAAGUGUUGGACGACGUCGUCUCACAGACUGUCAUGUCUUCAUCACCCUCGAACGUGUAUGCAAAAUCUGGAAUGGCACGCCUUCAGACAGUCUCGGUUUGGGCAGAAGGACCUGCAGGCAAGAAGCGAAUUCGGCUGCUUCUUGACACGGGUAGUCAACAAACGUUUAUACGUCGCGAUCUGUUGAAGGAGCUAGGGUGCCAAAUCACUGGUGAGGAGGACCUCUCCGUGUUCUCUUUCGCACGUACGCGCCACCCCAGAAGAUUCCACUGCGAACGGGUGCAAGUCCGCCUCGAAGCCAUCUCGGAUCCGCGGUCGUGCAUCGAGCUUGAAGCCCUCGGCAUUUCUGAACUAUGCCGCGUGUCUACGCCAGCCUUGGACGACGUAACCAUGAGCCUUCUCUCGCUGCGAGGCCUCGAAGUGGCUGAUACGAGCUGCACCACGGACAUCGCUCUGCUGGUGGGUUCCGAUUACUAUUGGAAGCUGGUCACCGGCCGAGUGGAAUGUCUCCCUGGCGAUCUUGCUGCGGUGGAGACCAUUUUCGGAUGGGUCGUUCAGGGAGUCCAGCGGUCACCCAGUCGAACGCUGUCUACCGUGGUAUCAGUCCUCUCCCUUUCCUGCGAGGAACAAGAAUUCUUCGACCACAUGGACCCUUCGGAAGCGUGGCGAUUGGAUGCCCUUGGCAUAAGCGAUCCGGUUCCUGAUCCCGACGAUGACUUUGCGGCCGCCUACUUUACAAGCCAUGUACGCCAAUGUGACGGUCGCUACGUCGUCCCGCUAAUGGUUAAACCAGAACUAGGGCUCCCUGCCUGCGCCAAUAACAGGAAUACGGCUCUACAGCGCCUCCUCUCGCAACUACGUCGGUUUCGUUUCGACCCAGAAUUGCUGGCUCAGUAUGACAAGGUCAUACGUGAGUAUUUUGACGAAGGUCAUGCUGAGAAGGUAAUGGGGAUCACCAGCCGCCAAGAAAACGUUUAUUACAUGCCCCAUCACGCGGUUGUGCGACAAGAGGCGAUCACCACGAAACUCCGCGUUGUAUUUGAUGCGUCGUCCCACUUGCCAGGUCAGCAAUCGUUGAACACUCUCCUGAUGAAAGGGCCGAAGCUAAACGCAGAUCUGCUCCAUCUUCUGUUGCAGUUCCGCUGCAGCUCCACGGUUUUAACCGCCGACAUCAGGAAGGCAUACCUGCAAAUCAUCAUUCGCCCCGAAGACAGAGAUUUUCUUCGCUUUCUGUGGGUAAAGGAUGUACGGCAGGCAUCCAACGACAGCAAUCUCGAACUUGUCGAGUGGCGGAUGACUAGAGUCCCUUUCGGAGCUACUUCGAGUCCAUUUCUGCUAGCAGCAACGCUACAACACCACUUUGAGGUAGUUUGCUCGGAUUAUCCCAACACCGUAUCCCGCAUCCGGACGGGGUUUUAUGUCGACGAUCUGGUCGUCGGCUGCACGUCAGACGGUGAUGCGUUGCAGGUAUACCAAGAAACGGUAGAAAUACUGAAAUCCGCUGGAAUGGAUAUUCGCAAGUGGACCUCAAACUCUCCGGUUCUGCGGGAGAGAUUUCUCAUGGACGGCACGUCCUAUGACAAUGCCUCCGACGGCGACCCCAUCGUCAAGGUUCUCGGCCUAUAUUGGGAUCGCAGCACGGACGGUCUUCUUCUCAACACGACUCGAGCAGCAGACUUCGCCGUCGCACACCCUGCCACGAAGCGCACCGUCUUGAAAGCAUUUUCACUUGUGUAUGACCCCUUGGGGUACAUCGCACCUGUCAUUAUAUCUGCGAGAAUUCUGUUUCAAGACCUGUGGCGCAAUGGCCUAUCGUGGGACCAACCAGUUAGCGAAUCAGACAACGCAAUCUGGGAGAAGUGGAAGGUCAGCCUGGGAGAAUUGAACCUGCUCAGACUCCCGCGCUGCGCUCUCCCUGAAGAUAACUCACCCGUCGAUGUGCACUGUUUCGCAGAUGCCAGUCCGAAAGCCUAUGGCACUGCCAUACACUUGCGGAGUCUUUCUCCCAACGGCUCUCUUCUGGUCCAUUUGCUCAUAGCACGGGCUCGUCUGGCACCAUUAAAACAGGUGUCGUUGCCUCGUCUCGAGCUCCUUGCCUGCCUCUUGGCUACACGUCUCUACCGUCACGUUUCCGCGCUGAAGACUCUCAGUCAAGUGCCAGUACAUUUUUGGACAGAUUCCACCAUCGCUCUUCAGUGGAUUCAUGGAUCUGGCAGCAAAACCCAGCAAUUUGUUCAGUCUCGAACAACCGAAAUCUUGUCUUCAUCGCGCGCUGAUCAAUGGUUCCACUGCAGCGGUAGUGACAACCCCGCGGAUUUGCUCACUCGGGGCGUAUCCGCUACCACUCUGAAGUGCUGCAGAUUGUGGUGGACAGGUCCCGGCUGGCUCUCAUCGUCGUUUGGCACCUUCGUGAGUACAGAAAACCAGCUUUGCCAACCAGGGAUUCGAUUAACCGAUGACAGAGCCUCUCCAGCAAGUGAAUGUCCAGCUGUGGUCAAACAUGCCUCCGUUUUGGCAGUCGUCGCAAUUGAAGAAUGGAUGGAGAUCACGGACUACGGGACGUUAUCCAGGCUCCUUCGGGUCACCGCCUGGAUGCUGAGAUUUGCGAACAACGCUAGAUCUGCGAGACCAUCCGUGUCUGGUCCACUCACACUUGAGGAAAUCACGCAUGUUGAGAACUUUUGGAUCCGUCGCGUGCAGGCUGAGGCUUUCCCCCAUGAGGUUGCCGCUCUCAGCAAAGGAAACGUCGUCAAACCAUCAUCGUCCCUACAUGCGUUCCAACCGUUUUUGGACGCCAACGGCAUCAUGCGCGUCGGCGGCCGUCUUCAUCAACUGAACGUGGUCGACGCCAUAAAGCACCCCAUUCUUCUGCCAUCGAAGCAUCACUUUACGCAUCUCGUAAUACUCGACGCUCACCGACAAGCCCUGCACGCCGGAGUACAAGAUACUAUCACCCAAGUCAGGAACCGAUUUUGGGUCCUCCGGGCACGCCAGACGGUUCGUCGCGUCCUACACUCCUGCCUCAGCUGCCGCCGGCAGCGCGCCGAACUCGCUAGCGUUCCAACGCCCCCCUCCCCCGCGAGAGAAUCACAGAGGCCAACCCCUUCUCGGUAG